UUAUCAGGAUUAGGCGCAGGUCAUUUUGUAUAUAAUAGGUCAAUUCGUUCCGAAGUAUCACAGUUUCGAGUCAGCUUCAGAAUUGGUACAACCUCCCACGACCCAAAAUGAAAUUGUUUGUGAUUGCUGCUCUUGUGUCGGUCGCUGUGGCUGGGCGUUUGGAACAUUUGGAGCGCUCAUAUCUUCCACCAGACAGCUCCAACUCUAUUUCUCAAGGGUUCCCAUCAAACGGUGGCUCCCAUGGCUUCGGAUCAAGCGGAAACUUUGGUACAAGCGGCCGAGGCUCCCAGAACUUUGGACAAAAUGGACAUUCAUCCAACGGCUUUGGUCAGCAAGGGUCUAAUGGUUUCGGUGGCCAGGGACUCAGCGCUACUGCCUUAAAACAGUACCUUCCUCCAGAUUUUGCUUCUAACACUGGAUCUUCCUUCGGUAACUCAAAUGGACUUACAAUCAAACCGGCAUGUUCAACUUGUGGACGCAGUCAUCAGCUCUCCUCAAACCAGUUUGGAUCCCAAGGACCCAGCUCUCAAUACGGACUCCCAAACUUCGGAGCUGCUUCAUCUUCUGGAUUUGGAUCUAACGGUUUUGCUUCUUCUUCUCAUGGUUCAAACGGUUUCGGAUCAGCACCAAACGGAUUUGCAUCAUCAAACGGCGCUUUCGGUUCUCAUGGAUCUGCUUAUAACUCUGGAAGCAAUGGCUUUGGAUCGAGUGGUUUCCCUUCAUCUCAGGGUAGCUUUGGUUCUCAAGGCCAGUCCCAGUUUGGAGCUAGUCGCCAGUACCUUGCUCCUAAGUCGUCCAAUAUCCAAGAACUCCCCCAGCAACCUUUUGACGAACAAACUGGCUACCAUUACUAAUUAUUACGAUAUUAUUGCCAGAUUUUUUAUUAGUAAAUUUAUGUUCAUUGUGUUCAAAUUCUGUAAUAAAGAGUUUAUAUAA